CGUGUUGGGCAGCCCCGCUGGGGGCCAUACAGCCAUUCCUGCUGCAGAGGGGGCGCGGGGCGGUUGUCAUGGUAACCGAGAGGCCAGGGCGGUGUAUGGGGCUCCGGACGUCUACGCCGAGGUUAGGCUCCAGGGCUGCAGCUGCCAGGGAGAGACACCCUCCACCUCCUUCCCAACUCCAGCUCAGGGGCUGCCGUGGCAAGGGAGAGAGGGUACAUCCAUCGCAUUAGAAAGCGUACCAAGCUGCAGGUGAGUGUGGAUCUCAUCAGCAGAGGUGACCAUGAUGGAAUCCCAGAAUCGCAAAAGAGCUCCAACAUGGAUUGAACAGGAGGUACAGGAUCUGAUCGCUGUAUGGGGAGACGAAUCUGUGCUAUCAGAACUCCAUUCCAAAAGACUAAAUGCCCAAACAUUUGAAAAAAUCUCCAAGGGCAUGAAGGACAGAGGCUAUAACAGGGACCCGCAGCAGUGCAACAUGAAACUUAUGGAGCUCAGGCAAGCCUACCAAAAAACCAGAGAGGCAAAUGGCCAUGCGGGGUCAGAGCCCAGACAUGCCGCCUCUAUGGUGAGCUGCAUGCCAUUCUAGGGUGUGCAGCCACCACUAUCUCACCCCUGUGCUUUGACUCCAUCAAUGGAUUAUCACGCAACAGGGAUGCGCAUUUUGGGGACAAGGAAGAUGAGGAGGAGGAGGAGACUGAAGAUAGCACACAGCAAGCAAGCGGAGAAACCGUUUUCCCUGAGAGCCAGGAACUGUUUCUCACCCUGGACCUGGAGCCAGUACCCCCCGAACCCACCCAAGGCGGGCUCCCGGACCCGCCAGGCGGAGAAGGGACCUCUGCUGCAAAUGUUUCAACGCUCCCCCUAUCAUCUCCAUCCCAGAGGCUAGCGAAGAUUAGAGGGCGAAAAAACCGCACUCGUGAUGAAAUGUUCUCUGAGCUCAUGCAGUCCUCCCACACUGAAAGAGCCCAGCAGAAUAUGUGGAAGCAGACAAUGUCAGAGUCCAGGAAAGCACAAAAUGAACACGAGGAGAGGAGGAAUGAGCGAGAGGACAGGUGGCGUCGGUGUGGUGAGAGGAGGCAGGAUGCAAUGCUGAGGCUACUGGAGGAUCAAACUGAUAUGCUCCGGCAUAUGGUUGAGGUGCAGGAAAGGCAGCAUGAGCACAGACCGCUGCUACAGCCCCUGUGUAACCAUCCGCCCUCUUCCCCAAGUUCCAUAGCCUCCUCCUUUCCAUUUUCUACUUUUAAAUGUCCUACUAUUCAAUUAAAUUGAGAGUAUCUUUGUUCUUGUAUUAUGAGAAAAAGUAAAUAGUGAACAUUGAAGCACACACCUAGUAGAGCUCUGUAAGGUUUCAUUUUGUUCAGCCAGUAGCAUGAGCUGGGAUGACUUAUGUUGCAAAAAAGUGUGGCAUUCGUUUUCAGCCUCCAUCCAUUAUCCUGAUCUAUGAAGAUGAAAAUAAGGAUAGAGCACGCCAGCGCAUCAUGCCUAUCCGAAACUUCUCCAAGUUCUCAGAUUGCAGCAGGGCUGCAGAACAGCUGAAGAAUAACCCUCGGCACAAGGCUUACCUACAAGGGGUCUCACUGCGGCAGCUGCAGAAAUUAUACAGUUUGCUAAGAGGCCACUUGCAGGGACAGAGUUUGGCCCAGACCUUGGAGCAGAUUCAUCAGGAAGAGACCAUUGACCCAGAGGAGGACCUGAACAAACUGGAUGACAAGGAGCUGGCGAAAAGGAAGAGUAUCAUGGAUGAGCUGUUUGAAAAGAACAGGAAGAAGAAGGAUGACCCAGAUUUCACCUACAAUGUUGAGGUUGAGUUCCCACAAGAUGAGCAGCUGGAAUCCUGUGGCUGGGAUGCAGAGUCAGACAAUGAGUUCUGAUAAUGGACAAGGCCUCCUAGAUAAUCAGUAUGGAGAGACAAAACCCAUAUUCUCAUUACACAGAGAGCACAGUUACUGUGUCCAUCAUAUCGCAUCAGUCUACAGAGCUUGACUGACCGUGUUUACAAGCCAUACAACUGAUGCAUUUUACAUUGAUAAAUAAGAGAUCAGUGCCUGUGGUGUUUUAACAGUUUGGGGAAUAGACAAAUAAUUUUAAAAGUCUUACGUGAAGCUUGAUAAAAAGGGACAUGGGGAUAUUGAAAAUUAUUUUUAAAUGGUUAGAUUUGUAGCUGUUAAGUAAUUGAAAUAAUUUUAAAUCUCUGUCUUUCAGCAUUUGUUUGUUUACAUUUCGUUCAUCUUUGGCAAGGAAACUAGACUGAUUAUUUUUGUUUCUAUUCAAUUUUAUUUUAGUCUUUAAAAUACAGCAUUAAAGUUGCAAAUCUUUACAUCUAACUCAGGAGAAGAAACAUUCAGAUUCUUAUUGCAAAUAUCUAGUAUUUUGUUAUUAGUUAGGCUGUUGCAAGUGUUUUAAUCUAUACUCUGUAGACAAAUCAAUAUUGCAGUGAAAACUUUACCUUUAGAUUUCUUGAGUUGUGUUUAAAUCUACAAUCUCAGUGUUCCAUGAAUGUACGUUUUCGUAUUUAAGAAAUAAAAUAUUUAGAAAACAGA